AGUUCACAGAGAUUGUGAAACAGUUAUUUUUGGUUACUGUAAAAGACUGUUUGCUCUUUAUGAUUAUGAUUAUCUUUAAAUUUUGGAGCGAAUUUUAAUCAUAUAACUUUUGUAUAUAAUUGUGUUUCGCUCAAAUGUUAAGAAGCACCAUGGUUCGGAAUCCACGUUACAUCGUACUCCUGUAACUGGCUAUGGCGAAUGAUUACAGAAGAACUUAAAGGAAAGUUCUCAUACAGUAAACAGCAUGACAGGAAGAUAACAAUAUCAUAGCUAAUUCUGUGGCGUAUAGACACAAUAUAAAACACUCUUACUGUCUAGUGUAUAUCGUCUCUCAGGUGUUAUUGGUAAUUAUAAAGUAACAUCAUAAAUCAAGAAAAAAAAGGAUAGCGCUGGUUAACAUUUCUCCAAGAUGUUUAUGGCGUAAACUGUGGUGUAGUUCGUGAACCGGCCGUCCGGGUGGCGCGUCUAAUGCUUCUCUGCGGUCGUAAGUAACAGCGUAAAUAGACAUUGGACAGGCGAGAUCGUCACUUGGAGUACGCCUUCGUGUGGCAGUUGUGACUUUUGUAGCUGCUCGUUGCCUCGUCGAAACCGACUGCAGGGUCUUGCCAACUGCUUCAAAAGCUGCCGCCCUAAGAUCAGCUUCAAACUGUAACAUGGAAGACAAUCGGACGCCGCCAGUAACGGAGUCGUCGGAAUCUCCGGUCGAAGGCGUACAAAUUAUCGUCCACCCCGCAGGCGCUGCUGAAGUUAAGCGGAAGGAUACAAACACUUUAGCCAUGUUGGGUACUGAUUCUCUAGAUAGGGUGUCAAAAGCAAGUGACGGCCUCAGCAGUUUCUCCAUGGGUGUGUUGGCAAAAUUCGGCGUUGAUGAAGCUUACAGACGUGAGAUGCUAGAGAACCGUUACAUGGGUUCCACGGAGUCUUCAGAUCUCCCAGAGCGCCUUCAGGCUAUCGAAGAGUACUUCAAUGCUGCCUACGGUUCUUUCGCUUUACCGUUGGGUGUCUCGGGCAGUCAAGAGCAAGGUGCCGAGGAAGCUUCCAGAGAAGGCGCAGUUAGCAUUGAAGGUCUCACGGAGAAAAAGAGGAAGAAGCUAGAUAGAAGUUUCAUAGUGCACCAGAAAUUUUGGGAGGGAACUCCGGGGAGUAGUGGUAGUGAAGGGCGAAGUGGGACACCCGAGGGUGACGUUCUCAAGUCCUCUGUAGGGACCCUAAGUAGCACCACCCUCGGAACUGUGGUGCAAGUUGAGGAACCAACAGCUGGCAGCAGUCCCAAGCCGGUCCCCGCCGGAGAGGCACAGAGCGCUCCUGAGAGUGCUGGAAAGGCGAUGGUGCGACAGGGUGACGCUGAGCAGUCCUCCAUAGGAACACUAAGCAGCACGACAGGCGGACCUGCAGAGCAAGGCGACGGUGGUCGUAAAUCUGGAAAGGCGGUUGUGAGAGAGCGAGGAGCACUUUACCAUAUGAGUGCCACAGCGGACGCAGCCAUAAAAAUAGCGUGCGACUACCUGCUUACCAGCGCCAAAUGCGUGGCGUGUGUGGUCGGUCACGCCCUAAAAGCGCAUGGCUUGUCUUUAUAUCUGCUGAAAUUAUCAGAGGCGGCAUUGAGUGGAGAGAAGCUGGCAAUAUUUAGACAUUCUAUGAGUUUAACCGCACGGUUCACUGGUUUCGCAGUAGAAGCGGUGGAGGCCGCCUUACAGUACCACAAGAGUGCUCUGGGCUACCUCCCAGAAACGCAAGGGUCCUUGCCCGCAUUCCAGGUGCGUGGGGCACUGCGAGAAGAGGUGCUCUGGCAAGUCAUCAGCGCUGCAGAGGAAAUACAGAAGCUAACUCUGCAGGAACACGGUGUCAGGGCGGAAGAACUGGCCGAGAAACGACAUGUGGCGGAAGCUAUGGCUCGCAUACUGUCGUCGGCCCUCGAACGGGUAAACGACGCUAAUGCGUUUACAAAGGAAGUAGUUUGCAAGUUCGAUAAGUCCUUGCACGACAAGGCAAUGGCAGUGACUGUGAAGGGGGCAGCUGAUUACACCCUGUUCGUGAUUUUCGAAACGAAAAAGAUGCUCGGUAUUCUAUCUGAAGUGACGGCAGGCACUGGAAGUGGGAGAUCGACUGAAGAGGAGGCAUCUGGUGGAAGCGUUUCCCAAGACGUGCCUGUGAAAGACAGCGCUCCGGCAUCGGACGUCCCCGAGGGCGACGGAGACCGUGGUGCCGUUGCCUAGCUGCGUGGGCAGUACAGUUUCACUGACUACUUCAAAAAAGAAGGAAUUCCUUGCAUGAUAGUUCUAAGUAACUGAUGUACUCCUCAGCUGUAUUGUCAACGAAAGUUUAGAUUUUAAUUUUUAAUACAAUUUACUUAAAUAUCAUAGUAGAAAUAACUACCUGGUUUACACAUGACGUGUAAAUCGGUGUUUGGGUGUAGCGGUGGUGGUAUUCCUUUUUAGUCAUAAAAGCUUCUGUUGUACGUGAAGUAGUGCAUACGUGCAAGAAAUAAUACGGGCAAUGGUAUACAAUAAUGUCCUUUAAUGUCAAAUGUGCCUUACAUAUUACAAUUUUUACUGUGUCUGUCCUUAAUACAUUGAACACUUUGUGAAUAAAAGAUUCGCUCUUACAUUA